AUGCAACUCUCUAAAAUUUACCUGCUCGCUUUAUGGGCUACUGGCGCUACGGCAUUGUUUUCCGAAGAGGAAAACUUACACAUGAUUAAAAAUGGCGAAAUCCCACCAGAUACGAAAGAUUAUCACGGCAACCCUCUUUUGAAACUGCCCGGUAAUGCUCAUUGUUAUCUUAUACGACAUCCGCAGUUUUGCGACAAAAUUAUCCCAUGCGUAUGGGCUGGACCGCUGGGCUGUAUAAUACAAGAUUAUUAA